AUGGCGUUCCAGCAGUCGUCUCCGCUCAUCAAGUUCGAGGCGUCUCCCGCCGAGUCCUUUCUGUCAGCUCCCGGCGACAACUUCUCCUCCCUCUUCGCCGUCUCAACACCUUCCUCAGCCACCACCAUGGAUCCCAUGGAGAUGAUGACGCCACAGUCAUACGCCGACGAGAAGCUCGAGCGCCUGUCGGUGAUUCCCGAGCAGGAGGACAUGGACGAAGACAGAGACCUGGAUGACGCAGCCCCCGAAGAUUCCUCUUCAUCAGAAAAGAAGCCUGUCAAGAAGAGGAAAUCAUGGGGCCAGGUGCUCCCCGAGCCCAAGACCAACCUCCCUCCUAGAAAACGAGCCAAGACUGAAGAUGAAAAGGAACAGCGUCGCGUGGAGCGUGUUCUCCGGAACCGCCGCGCUGCUCAGUCAUCACGAGAGAGGAAGAGGCUCGAGGUCGAGGCCCUCGAGAAGCGCAACAAGGAGCUGGAGACGCUCCUGAUCAACGCCCAAAAGACCAACCUGAUCCUCGUCGAGGAGCUCAACCGCUUCCGACGAAGCUCAGGCGUCGUCACCCGUUCUUCUUCCCCCCUAGACUCCCUCCAAGACAGCAUCACAUUGUCACAACAGCUCUUUGGCCCCCAAGACGGCCAAAAGGUCGACUCUACCAAGCAGUCCUUGAUGGACCAGAUGAUGAGGUCCGCGACAAACCCCACCGUGAACCCCGCCUCUCUCUCUCCCGAACUCAACCCCAUCCCCGACUCCGCCAACGAAGACUAUGAAGAAUUCGCCUCGGAAGAGACCAAGGAGGAACAGACUCAAGACCAAAUCGAGCAGACCAGCCAACAGCUGACUGUCAGCCUCUCCACUGAUUCGACACAACGUCCUGCAGAGAUGUUGUGCGACCUGCCGUACUCCGACGCCCACUGCCUUGGCCUGGGCUCUGUACCUUCGGAUGAUGGUCCUUUCAGCCUCGGCUCUUCUUUCAGCAUGUCAGCGGCCCUUGAUGCAGAUCGCUAUGUCCUCGAAAGCGGGCUUCUCGCUUCUCCCAACUCCUCAACUCUUGACGACGAUUAUCUGGCUGGUGACUCUGCCGCCUGCUUCCAAGAUCAACCUCCCUACGACUUCUUCGACAUCAACGACUUCCUCAACGACGACGCAAACAACGUCGCCUCCGACAUUGUGGCAGCGAGCAACUAUGCCGCUGCGGACCACGAGCUCGACCUCGAGAUCCACGACCCUGAGACUCAAAUCUCUUCGGACUAUCCUAUCCAGCAGCCCCAGUCUGGCGCGUCCUCUCUUGGAUGCGACGAUGGCGGCAUUGCGGUUGGUGUCUGA